CCAAUGUUUGGGGGAUGAUUGUAUCCACCUGUGUCCAUGGAGGGGAUUGGAACACUUGAAUCACAUGAUAUGGAGGGGAUUGGAACGCCUGAAUCACAUGAUAUGGAGGGGAUUGGAACACCUGAAUCACAUGAUUGGGAGGGGAUUGGAACACCUGAAUCACAUGAUUGGGAGGGGAUUGGAACACCUGAAUCACAUGAUUGGGAAGGGAUUGGAACACCUGAAUCACAUGAUAUGGAGGGGAUCUGAACACCUGAAUCACAUGAUAUGGAGGGGAUUGGAACACCUGAAUCACAUGAUAUGGAGGGGAUUGGAACACCUGAAUCACAUGAUUGGGAGGGGAUUGGAACACCUGAAUCACAUGAUUGGGAGGGGAUUGGAACACCUGAAUCACAUGAUAUGGAGGGGAUUGGAACACCUGAAUCACAUGAUAUGGAGG